AUGGUGGACAAAACCAGAGUGAUUGAUCUAGUGAACAGAGACCCUAAUGGAUUAAACAGUCAUCUCGGGACGUUACUGUUUAAUGACGUUAUCGGAGAACCGGAUGGGACUCACAGCAUCGACUUCAUCUUCAAGCUGUCCAACACGUGCUUUGAGUGCUGGAAGGGUCUGUGCUACAAGUUGCUGACCUUCUAUUGCGGUUGUUGCAUCGCUAUAGAGUGGGGUUGCGAAUUUGCCUACAUCGCAUUCGCCCAUAUUUGGUUGAUAACACCUUGCUUUAAAUGCUGUGAAAUUAAUUGUGGAGUUUUUCAGCGAAUCUAUACCACGUGUAUCAACUGUUGUUGUACUCCAUGCUACGAGUCCUUUGGUGGAAUAUUCCAUCAUUUCAAGAGAUGAAAGAAAUACGUGUUGCACGUCCAGUAUGCAGACAAGUCAUUUUACAAAUAACUGUUAUAAAUGCUCUAAGAAAAUCUAUGUGACGUAACAUUCAAUAUGUUGAAUUUGAAAUAAUAGAUUGUCAUAACAUGUUAAAAUAUAUGUUUA